AUCGUGUCCAACAAAACAUUUUCAAAACUUGUAAAGACUCCAGUAUACCAGAUUAUUCAGAUCCCAUUCCUGUACUUUUCCUCGCUCGCCCAAACAACAAGCGCAAAACCCAUCGUAUCAUAUCCUCUCCUAUCAUAUUCGUACCAUGUGUACUUUACAAAAACGCGGCAACAUCUUCAUCCUAACCCUAGCCGGCGACGACCAACACCGCCUCAACCCCACCCUAAUCUCCACCCUCCGAUCACAUCUCUCCCAAGCCAAGGCCCAGUCCACGCGCGGCUCUGCUCUUCUCACUCUAGCCCAAGGCAAGUUCUUCUCCAACGGCUUUGACUUGGACUGGGCUGAGAAGACCGCCGGCCCUUCUGGGUCGGCCCGGGACAAGCUUCUCGAGAUGGUCGAGCUGUUCAGGCCGGUGGUGGCGGAUUUGAUGGACUUGCCGAUGCCGACGGUGGCCGCCGUGACGGGGCAUGCGGCGGCGGCGGGGAUGGUGCUGGCGCUGAGCCAUGAUCAUGUUCUUAUGAGGAGGGAUCGUGGGAUUAUGUAUAUGAGUGAGGUUGAUAUUGGGUUGACUCUUCCGGAUUAUUUUAGUACCUUUUUCAGAGCGAAGGUGGCAUCUCCAGCAGCACGGAGGAACGUGUUGUUGAACGGAAUGAAGGUGAAGGCAGAGGAUGCAGUGGCAAUGGGAUUAAUCGACUCAGCACACGAUGACGGAGAGAAGACAGUGGAAGCAGCAAUGCAGCUGGCGGAGAAAUUGGGGAAGAGGAAAUGGGACGGAGUAGUGUACAGUGAGAUAAGAAAGUCGCUGUAUCCAGAACUAUGUGGUCUCGUGGGAUUGGAUGGUACAGGCACAACAACAUCACGGCUUUGAUCUUGCUCAGCCGUGUUAGGAAUAAGUUGAGUAGCGUUGAUGUUGUGUUUGGUGUAAAAAUUGGCAAUAAGAUAUUGAUGAUGUUGUAGAGUAUGGGAUCAAUUGAAUAUGAACUGUAAAGCAGAGUUCUGUAAUUUUUAAAUUCUGGACCUGGAGUUAGUUUAUUGUUUUUUUACCAGAGGCAAUGAAUUACUAAAAUGCUAUUUUCAUC